UAAGGAUGCUAUUUUGAGUUUUCUCUUUCAGAGAACAAAGUUUCUUAACAGCGGAUGGCCAACUGACGAGUUAGCAUCGGAACUUACCUUUUUUACUGAUGUGAAGUUCCCCAAAAAGUGGCAGUACUACCAUAAUGACGGGUUAUGAAAAGAUUACCAAAGUGCAGAUAAGACGAGAACGUAAAUACACCGCCCCGGAACCAUGGAAAUUUGAUGUUGAGAUGGAAAUCGGACCAGAGCGGUUGGCGUAUCAGGUUAUCAAAACAAUUAAGAAGGACUGUCCAGUGAACAAAGACAGGAAAAUUUUGGAGCGAUGGGACAUCAUCCUUGGUGUCGAGGACAAAAUCACCAUAGGCCGGCGGCCGAAAGAAGUGAAACAAAUGAUUCGUGCCACAAAACUCACGUGCAACUUAAUACUACUUAGGCCGAAUCUUUACACGAUGGGCGAAAAAGAGCCGUUUAAAUUUCGAACUCUGUGCUUGGAGACGCUUCGUAAGUGUGCCCCCAUAGUGCUUGUUGUAGAAAUGACAAAACGCCACAACUGCGAAUGGCCCAGUUACGGCUUUGAGACAUUCAAGGUAUGUGAGCACGACGGGCCCAAAAGGUUUUUUCGGGCUGACAUUGUGCGGCACGUAUUUAAUGUAAAUAUAAUCGGCCGCAUGGACAAAGCUGAGCAAAUUGAGCUGAUCAGGAAUGACCUGUGGGAAAUUUUUAGAAAACAUGGUACGGUGAAGGGUGAGCUACUGCCGGCAGAGGUAGUUGAGACACCUAAACAGCCGUUGUGGAACCAAAUCUAUAUGGGAGACGUUCUGCUCAAGCUUAACGAUUUCUUAUUAUUCGACAAUGAGGACUUCGUCAAUCUUCGUAUAGAGAUCAAAGAAAAGGUUGCCUUAACAAUUUUGCCUCUGUCCCCGAUGCGGUCAUUUUUAAGGACAGAAUAACUUGGGAUUGAAGCCCACCGCCAACUCGGAAGCGUCACUGUAUCAAGUGGAUGCCAAAAUGCUGGAAGUUCUCUGCGCUACUCCCUGUCAAGGAUAACUCGAAUUUAAAACGAAGUGCUCGUUCUGCCUGAUGGAAUAUCCCACGGAUGGAAAUGUUCCAUACGGGCACUAAAAACAUAGAUGAGGAGGAACAGAUAUCCAUGCAAUCGUAAGAAGCUAAAGGCGUAUGUUAAUACAAUAAAAAAACUACA